AUGGAACACCAUCUGCACGAGAGAGACAGAGUGGGUGUUCAGGACGCCGUUUUGCUAGAAGAUUACAACAAUCAAGAAGUUUUCGUCGAUAACUUGCAAAAGAGAUUUAAGGAAAAUGUUAUUUAUACUUACAUCGGACCAGUACUAAUAUCAGUAAACCCCUACCAAGAACUGAAGAUAUACGACAAGAAGACCAUCAAGGAGUACGACAACAAGAACUUCUUCGAAGUACCCCCUCACGUAUUCGCCAUCACAAACAACGCCUUCACAUCCCUCAAGGACGAAAACCGCGAACAAUGCAUUCUAAUAUCAGGAGAAUCGGGCUCCGGCAAGACGGAGGCCUCCAAGAAGGUCCUCCAGUACAUCGCCGAGGUCACCGACCACAAGGGCGAGGUGGAGAAGGUGAAAGACAAGCUGAUCUUCUCCAAUCCGAUACUGGAGGCGUUCGGCAACGCCAAGACCAACAGGAACGACAAUUCGAGCCGGUUCGGCAAGUACAUGGACAUCCAGUUCAACUUCGAGGGCAACCCGGUGGGCGGCAACAUCCUCAACUACCUGCUGGAGAAGUCCCGCGUGAUCAGCCAGACGCAGGGCGAGCGAAACUUCCACGUAUUCUACCAGCUGCUGGCGGGCGCCAGCGACGAGGAGAUCGGCGAGUUGAAGCUGAAGCGAACCAUCGAUUCGUAUUAUUAUCUUUCGAACGGCCAACAGAACGGUACGCACGGGAUCAACGAUAAAGAAGAUUUCGCGGCCGUUAAAAAAGCGUUGACUACGUUGGAUUUCUCCAGCGGUGAGCAAAUGGAUUUGUUCUCGAUCAUCUCGGCGGUUCUGCAGUUGGGGAACGUCGGUUUCACCGAGCAGGACGGGCUUUCCGUCAUCACCAAGCCGGAUAUCGUCGAGGACGUCAGCAAACUUUUGAACUGUGAUAAAAACCUGCUUAAAAAAGCGCUGCUGCAGAGGACGAUCAAGACCAACAACGAGGAGGUCGUGACGCCGUUGAACAGGGAGUUGUCUGUCUACGCCAGGGACGCCUUAGCCAAAGCAGUGUACGAUAGAGUGUUCACCUGGUUAGUGAAGAAGAUUAACCAAUCGUUGCAGCCCAACGAAAGCAGGAGGAACGUCGUCAUGGGUAUAUUGGACAUCUACGGUUUCGAGAUAUUCGAAAGGAACAGUUUCGAGCAAUUGUGCAUCAAUUUCUGCAACGAGAAACUGCAACAAUUGUUCAUCGAUUUGACGUUGAAAUCCGAACAGGACGAGUACGAGAAGGAGGGAAUCGUCUGGCAACACAUCGACUACUUCGACAACAAAAUCAUCUGCGAUUUGAUCGAAGAAAAGCACAAAGGACUUAUAGCGUACAUGGACGAGGAGUGUCUAAGGCCCGGCGAUCCCAACGACGUCACGCUCCUGGCGAAGCUCGACGAGUACUUGGGAUACCACGCUCACUACAUCAGCCACAAAAAAGCCGAUACCAAGUUGCAGAAAAUCAUGGGCAGAGACGAAUUCCGUCUGAUCCACUACGCCGGAGCCGUCACGUACAACAUCAAAUCGUUCAUCGACAAAAACAACGAUUUGCUCUACAGGGACCUCAAGGAGGCGAUGAUCCGCUCCAAGAACAACAUCUUGCAAUCCGUUUUCCUGGAAUCCGAGCAGAACAGCAAGAAGAUGCCCGACACGGCCAUCACGCAGUUCAAGCACUCCGUCAACAAUCUAAUGAACAUCCUCAAGGACAAGGAACCGUCGUACAUCAGGUGCAUCAAGCCCAACGACUCCAAGAGAUCAGCUACUUUUAACUUCGACCUCGUGAGCCACCAGGUGACCUAUUUGGGUCUCAUGGAGAACCUGAGGGUGCGCCGAGCAGGCUUCGCCUACAGGCGAGACUUUACCAGGUUUUUGAAGCGGUACAAAUGUUUGAGCGAAGACACCUGGCCCAACUACCACGGUUCAGCUAAAGACGGUGUGAAAUUGCUCGUCCGGACUUUGGGCUACCAGGACGACGAGUACCAAAUGGGAAAGACGAAAAUCUUUAUAAGACACCCGAAGACCCUAUUCGCCACCGAAGACGCUUUCCAAUUCAAGAAGCACUACAUAGCAUCGAUCAUACAAUCCCACUGGAAGGGGCUGGUGCAGCGGAAGCGCUACUUGAAAAUGAGGGAAUCCUCCAUAAUCAUCCAGAAGUACAUAAGGCGGUACCUGGCCAAAGUGGAGGCCGAUCGAAGGCGCAGAGCCGUCAUCGUCAUCAGAAAGUUCAUCAAGGGCUUCAUCACGCGCAACGGCCCGCCCACGGAGGAGAACCGCUCCUUCUUGAACAUGGCGAAGGUCGAGUGGCUGAAGCGCCUGGCCAGAAGCCUUCCCACUAACAUACUGGCGAGGAGCUGGCCGCCCGCCCCCUACGUUUGCCAGGAGGCCUCCGAGCGGCUGAGGACCAUGCACGGGGCCCACAUGUCCAGAGUGUACAGGCUGAACCUGCUGCCCGAGCAGAAGAGGCAAUUCGAACUAAAAGUUCUGGCCGAAUCGUUGUUCAAAGGGAAGAAAAAGAGUUACCCAUUCAGUAUUCCUCGCUUAUUCGUGACCGAUAGAGUUCUCGAUGAUAAUUUAACGUUGAAAGAGAUGUAUACUUCGCAGUUGAACGGAGAUAAGGAAGCGUACGCCGCGAACGUGGUGAAGUACGACAGGCACGGGUACAAGCCCAGGGACCGGAUCAUGGUGAUCAGCAAGAGCAGUUUCCACCUGUUGGAUACCAAGGGCUCGCUGAAACCCAAGCAUUGCAUACCCUUGGAUAGAUUGAGUUUCGUGAUUACGCCCGAAAACGACGAGUUGCUGUUGGUGCAAUUGCCCGAGGAUUUGAUACGCAAGGAUAAGGGAGAUUUGAUUUUGCAAGUGCCUAAUCUCAUCGAAGCCCUCACGAUGAUUGUGGAUACUGUUAGAAGACCGGACAUCAUUCAUAUAGUGGAUAAAUCAUCUUUCGAGCAUAAUAUGAAAGGAAAACAAGGUACUAUCGACAUUCAACAUGGCAACGAACCGAAGAUACAUAAAGAUAAAAGCGGUCACUUGUUAAUUGUCGUUUCUCCUUAA